CUUCGCCUCUUCACACUGCAAACCCUAGCUAAGUUCUCCAAAGUAUUUGCUGCCCGAUCUCGGCUCGGAUCUGUGGGAUCUCCGGCGGUGGACAUGGCCGCCGCAUCCCUUCGCUUCGCUGUGCUCGCUGCCGCGUUGGCGCUGCUCGCCGUGACCUCCUUGGCGCAGGGCCCCAGCCCCGCUCCCGUAAAGCCUCCGUCCCCGGCGCCGACUACUCCCCCCGCCGUCGCCCCGGUCACCCCUCCGGCCGUGGCUCCCGUCCCUUCGCCGCCGGCCGUGACGCCCACAGCCCCACCCCCGGCUUCCCCUCCUGCUUCCACCCCCCGUUCGGAGGCUCCCGCGACGUCCCCUCCCGCGCCGCCACCGGCCACACCAUCCCCCUCCUCCCCGACCUCUCCGAUCUCCACGACCCCUACCUCGUCCCCCACCUCGACACCGUCGGGCAAUGUCGCCGCCUCCACGACCGUCGGCUGGAUCGCCGUGGUGUGCGCCGUGGUCGCCACCUUCGCGCUCUAGGUGGCGUCGUUUCCGCUGGGCUCGCUCUCAGCCGUCGAUUGUUGAUCGGACGAUCUCUUUUUUUUUCCCGCAUGAUGUUGUACUAUUAUUAUAAUGAUUGCUAUGGUUUGUAAUUUUUUGCUUUGUUAUUUGACCUGGUGGUAGACAUGUGACCGGGCUGUACCAUUGCUUUGUAGUGGAUACUUCUCUUUGUUUUACCGUUA